UAGAAAUAAUAUGUCAGAAACUUAGAGUUAAGAGUAAAGACAAGAUAAAUACAUCAUAGAAACUUCUAUCUUUGUUAGUUAUUACCGCCAGAUAUGUGCUUUUUUAUUUCUAUAUUAGUUUUGGUGGUUCAAAGACUACCUAAAACCUAAAACAAUUUUAUGUUUAUUGAUUGAGUGAUGUAAUUACACCAAAAUCAGUAGAGGAGUAGAAAAGGAACGAUAAUGUGUUUUCCAUCAUACCUACAAAAAUUUGUGCAGGUGGCUGAAGAUAUUUAAAUCGGAAUUGGAAAAAAAAAAGAGAGGAAGGGACUAAACCAAACAAUUAUUAACUGUUUAUCGUUUAAUAAUUUAUUUAGAAUCUAGACUUUUCGGCAACGCUUGAAAUUGUAAGAGAUUCAAAAGAGUAAAGUUAGCUGUGAUUGUAAAAAGAAGUAGAAACAAGUGAUAAAAAUUAGGAUCAGUUUGCAAGAACAGAUUUUAACAUUUACAUAUUUUCAUACAAAAGGUAUUUCACCAUGCCUUGUUGGUAUUACGAGAAAAAAGAAUUACGAAACACACCGUCCAUUCAGGAUGGUAUUGAUUAUGAAACGGAAUGCAGAUAUCGAAAGGAAGGUGCACGUUUUAUCAUCGACACUGGUACAAAAAUGGAUUUAGGUUACAACACAAUGGCAACGGGUGUUGUUUACUUUCACCGAUUCUAUAUGUUUCAUUCAUUUAAAACUUUUCCACGAUAUGUGACAGCUUGCUGCUGUUUGCUUUUAGCUGGCAAAGUUGAAGAAACUCCAAAGAAAUGUAAAGAUAUUAUACGAACUGCAAAGAUUUUAGUAUCGGAACAAAAGUUUAUGACAUUUGGAGAAGAUCCUAAAGAAGAGGUAUUGACAUUGGAAAGAAUUUUAUUACAAACUAUAAAAUUUGACCUGCAAGUGGAACAUCCCUACAACUAUUUAUUAAAAUAUGCAAAGUGUCUUAAAGGGGAUAAAGUCAAGUUGCAAAAAAUGGUUCAAAUGGCUUGGACAUUUGUUAAUGACAGUUUGUGUACCACAUUGUCGUUACAAUGGGAGCCAGAAAUCAUAGCUGUUGCUCUCAUGUACUUAGCAGGAAAGUUGAGUAAGUUUGAAGUAGUAGAUUGGGUAGGAAGACAUCAAAGACAUUUACGCUGGUGGGAUAUGUUUGUCGAGGACGUUACCAUGGACCUUUUGGAAGAUAUUUGCCAUCAGGUAUUGGAUUUAUAUUCACAAUCGAAUAAUUCAAAACCACCUGAUUCACCACCAAUGAUACCAUCAUCUAGCGAAACAUGCAGAGAACGACCUGUUCCUGCUACUACUUUAGAUUCUGCAUCUAAUACACCAAAUGUAACACCUGGAAAGUCUUCUAAGAUCGAAGCACCGUCAACAGUACCAGCGCCAGUUUCUGCAAAUGGAUGUACAACCGUUGACGCUACAGAUUCAAUUAAACCAAUAGAUGUCUCAACAGUACAUUUUCCCACAUAUCCAGCAAAUUUUCCACCAUCAAACAACACAACUUAUCCAGCAACAUUUCCACCUGCAAACGUUUCAGUACCACCUCCACCUGUAAAUACAAUGAAUCAUAUGGUACCACCAAUUCAUCAUAUUGCACCAACGCCCGGCAUUCGUCCUACGGCAGCUCCGGCAUCAGCUGCUAAUCAAAAUACUUUCCAAUCAUAUGCUUAUCCACCUAACACGUCAUACUUCCCAGGAAAUAAUCCGAUUCCACCGGCUGGUCCAUCACGCAGCUACUAUCCGCAGCAACCAUAAUGGCAGGCAA